CCCGAAUUGGGACCCAUACAUAACUAGAGCGGACGUUCCGUGCCUGCGCCACUCCAGGAAUGAGUCUGACUCGUCGACUCAGUGUGUGAUGCGUGGUGGUUCCAACUUUAUUCAAUCGAAAUAGAGGAAGAAGAUACGAUGGAGAAGGGUAAGGCAGUGAUGGGUUCAGGGCGACGAUGGGCCAUCGAUUUCAGUGAUGUUUCAACCGCUCCUUCCUCCUGCGACAUCCUUGAUCCUCCCGGUUUCUCUCGCGCCUCUCAAGAUCAGGAUGAUUCUACGCUGAGCAGGCAAAAGAAGGAUGCCGAGGCCAAUUGGAAAGCUCAGAAAGCUUGGGAAGUAGCACAAGCCCCUUUUAAGAAUUUGAUGAUGAUGGGCUUCAUGAUGUGGAUGGCUGGAAAUACGGUGCAUCUUUUUAGCAUUGGUAUCACAUUUUCAGCUCUUUGGCAGCCAAUAAGUGCUCUUCAAGGGGUUGGGAAGGUUUUUGAGCCUUACAAAGACGGUAAAGUUGAUCUUCUUGGCCCUAAGUUGCUCUUCAUUGCCCUUAAUUUGGGAGGUUUAGCACUGGGUGUUUGGAAGCUUAACACGUUGGGGCUUCUUCCAACACAUGUAUCAGAUUGGGUUUCAUCCUUACCCCCUGCUCAGGAGGUUGAGUAUUCUGGCAGUGGGAUUCAGUUGCGUUAAUUCACUAGUUUCAUAUGGAAGAACCAUUGAUGUUCAGAAACAGAUGAUCUGGAUUAGUUCCCUGAAGCAUAACCCCUGCAUUAAUGCAUUCGACUGAUGGAGCAAUUACGGAAAAUGUGAAGUCUGUCUUUUGAAUUAACAAGCGUUUUGACUUGAUCAAGAGAUUUGGGGUUGUAGUAUUUCAAAACUUGAUAUACUUCUUUCAGAAUGGUUGUGACUAUUAAUCUUCACCUGAAGCAGCUGUUGGAACUGUAUUCCAAGUUAACAAUUGGAUCCAUUGGAAGCUUUUGUUCAAAGGAGUUAAAUUAAGCAA